AUGCCGCCGGAAACCGAUGCCGCGGCCCAGGAUCCUUUCGCGGACCCCGCCCUGGAUCCAGAAGCUCCUUGGGAGGAGACUGCAAUGGCAGCGCCAGUGGGCAUCGACGAGGAUGCUGCUUUGGCCGAAGCAGAAUCCCUGGCAAACCAGGCAGCGGCGGAGGCUGAAGCGGAGGUCGAGGCUGCCAAAAAAGAGGCAGCAGCUCUAGAAGCGACCGAGAUCGCGGCGCAAGAAGAGCUCACCCUCGAUGAGGAGGCGGAGCCCGCAGCGAAGCGCCCGAAGAUCGAGCUCAGGAAGGCGAUAGUCGCCCCGAAGCCCGUUCCACGAGAUCAGCCUCUGUGGCUUUGGUUAGAUUCCCUCAACAGCACGUUGCAGGGCUAUGCCCUUAGCUUUGAGACCCUGGCGUUGGCCUCCGAUGGCAGCAAAAGGAAGGGUCUCUACACCCAGGCAGACAGAGCCUUGCAAACUUUGUUAGGCGAAGAGGCCAGGAAGAUCGUCUUCCAAGACGAUUCGGACUGGUCCAAAUUUCGCUGCGUAGGUGACGCGCUGAAGACCCGGGGGGAGAAGGAGGAGUGUUUCACCAUUGCCAUUUCUCCGGCACUGUCCCUGUGGGGGAUUGGUGUAGGGAUGAAAGGCUGGGUGCGACACCGAGCAGCAAAGAUCGCCUUGGCCACCGUGGUGGCCAUGCAGAAGGCGGAGGUUGGCGAGGAGAUCCCCGAUUUUACUUCGGCUCCAGCUGUGGCAGACUUCCUCGAGGAGGCGAGAAAGGCAAAAGAUGAAUUGCUGUAUUCGUGA